CUCUCUCUCUCUAUCUGUCUCUUUCAGCGGAGCAUAAGACACGUAUAUUCAUUCAUACACUCAUACCUGCAAUAUAAUACACGAAUGCACGAGUAUAUUUGCGUUAACUAAAAAAGAAGUGAAAAUAAGUGAAAAAAAAUAGUUAGUGAAAAAAAGAAAAUUAUUGCUGUAUUAAAUUUUGUGCUAUCUUUGUGAGUGUGUGCGCGUGGGUGCGUGUGUGCGUGUGCGUGUGUGUGUACUUCAUAAUGCACUUCACUACUAUAAUGGUGACGGUGGUGGUGGUGGUGGUGGUGGCAGCAACAGCUCAAGAGACAUCUAUAAAUAGCACGGGGGAGGAAAACAAACCGAUCAUGGAUAACUGGAUAGACCGACUGUACAGAGAUAAGAUGAGGAACUAUAACAAGAACGCACGCCCUGUCCUUCUCCACUCCCAAAACACGACGGUGACUAUGGCACUGUCGCUAAAGAACAUUGAUAUGGAUGACGAGAAACAAGAAUUUAUUUUAAAUGCUUGGAGUAUUAUGUAUUGGAAAGACGAGACACUGACGUGGGUUCCAAUGAACUACAUGAACCUGGAAAGCAUUCACUUUGAUGACGAAGACGUGUGGCUGCCAGACAUCAAAGUGUACAACAGCGCCACAGGAUCCGAUGUGCACCCCUUCAGCCCCGUGCCAGUGUUGGUGAAUCACAAAGGGCACGCCUUCUGGUUCCCGCCUACCCACAUCGUUGUGAGAUGCAACAUGGACCUGAGCGAGUGGCCGAGGGAUGAACACGAGUGCGUGGUCCGCAUUGGCUCCUGGGCACACCACGGGGAGCAAAUUGAUAUCCAAGUUCAAGGGAAUCAACAUUCUGGGGUGAUGACGGACACCCUGGAGGAGAACAGCCGGUGGAAGCUGCUCAACGCCUCGGCCAGCAGGACCUUCACAGACCUGGAGGGACACAACCCCUACGUGGAGAUCAACUUUGUGUUCCGCGUGCAGCGCCAGGCCAGGACCCAGGCCACCUAUGUCACACAGUCUACUCUGGCGGUGGUGGUGGUGGUGCUGGUGAGCUAUGUGCUCCCCCUGCAGCGGCUCCUGACCCGCCUGCUGAUGCACCUCUUCUCACUGGGUGUGUUGAUCAUCUGCUUCUUUGCCCUGUUUGCCCUCCUGCCUGCCACUGGGGGGCCUGUUCCUCUUGUGGUGCGUUACUACUCUGGCUCCAUCAUUCUUACUACCCUGUCCAUGCUGGCGACUAUCUUCCUGACUACCCGUGCCUGGUGCUGCUGCUGUGGCUCCUGCUCCUCCUCCUCCACGCCCACACUUGGCCGGACUCUGCGAACACCAUAUAACCACCUGGAUGAGACACUGGAGGAGGAAGUGGAGGAGCAGAGACGACCACGUGCAGCACAACUUAACCAAACGGAAGGGUCCACAUCUCGCUACAUUCGCCUGCAGGAGGAUACAGAGGGAGGUGGAGCCAAGGUGGACCAGAUAACCUCCCACCAGUUCAUACAAAUCAUUAAUUACCUGCUGAUGGCUCUGUUCACUGUCGCUUUUGUGGUGGACUAUGUGGUUCUUCGGAAUGUGAUGCUGUGAGGUGGUGUGUGUGUGUGUGUGUGUGUGUAUGUGGUGUUACGUUAGGCUAGUUGUGUGUGUCAUUCACCUGAUCUAUGGGCAGCACUGAAACCACUCACAUGCCACACACCGGGACAGUGAGGCCAGAACCCCGCGGCUUAUAUCUGUACCUACUUGCUGCCAGGUGAACAGGGACUGCACAUUAAGAGGCUUACCUGUUUGCCUCACCCAGGGCUCCAACCCUGGCCUUCUCAGUUGUGAGCCAAUGUGUGUGAGUUACUGUGAGAUAGAUUGCAAGAGGGUUAAGUGAGGGUUAAAUACAUGUACGUGUGUGUGUGUGUAGGUUAAAAAGCAAAAAAAACUAGUGAUACUCCUCUUAUUCUUGUCUUAUAUUACAAUUUUGCUUAUUACCAUUAUUAUUUGCCAGUAUUCCUCCUUAUUACUACUAUCGUUAUUACUCUUAUUAUCAAUAUUCCUCUUAUUCUUGUCUUAUAUCCAAACUUUGCUUAUUACCAUUAUUUUCUUGUGAGGCACCAUUCAUCUUUUAUUGCUCCCAGUAUCUUAACUAGACCCAAAUCUUAGACAAAACCUCUUCGUUGGGUGUAUACAUGGGAACCAGUUGUGUUGUUAGGUGUGAGCUUGUUAGGGACCUUAAGACUGAGUUCAUGUGUUUACUGUAGGAGCUUGGUGUAAACUAUGCUGAUAAUUGUAAACUUGUGCCAUGUUGUGUUUGAAAUGGUGUAAAAAUAAAUAUCAUAUGAACA